GGAUGGUUCUGUUCCCUGCUGUUCCUGCUGCCAGCUUCUUUCCCCAAAAAUCCCCUGUCUGGAGGACAUGGUGGGGGCUCAAGGAAAUCUCUCCCUCUGAACAAUGAAGAUCUUAGACCCUGGCUAACCCUGAGUCCUGCAAACCCUCUGUGGAUCCUUCCUGGCUGCUCUGGAGCAGAUGCUGAGGCUCUCUAGAGGGAUCUCCAGUCACUCCCAGUGCCUGUGUGAGAGCAGAGGAAGCUCCCAGCCAUCGUGUGCCGAGCCAUGCUGGGCAGGAGGAGCCGCCUGCCCCCCGAGCUGGGCAGCGCUGGGCAGCGGGGACAGCCGUGCCAGGAGCCGCUCAGGGCUGGGGCAGCCGGGGACAGCGAUGUCAGCCUGGAGGUGCUCAGUGGCUCCACGCCCGACAGCAAAGGCGGCCGCGCCCAGCGGGACAGGAAGGGCCGCAAGGCCGAGCUCAAGGACUCCAACGGCCGGGAGGCAGAGACCAUCACCUUCAUCUCGGGCACUGCCGAGGCUCCCCCGGAGCAGAGCCUCUGCUGCUCCUCCCUGUCUCAGGCCUGGAACACGUACAAGGCUGUUUUCUGUUGCAUAGUGACGUGUGGGGGCUGCUUCCAGGACUGCAGUGUCUGCAUUCCCUACCCGGGGCCUGCUGAGACCUCCACGGAUGAGGGGAAGAACGGAGACUACAACGGGAGACUCCCCAACAGCCCCACCAACACCUCUCCCGCUGAGAAGAACGGGAACCAGAUCAAAAAGUCCAGCAUGGGCAGCAGUUUCAGCUACCCAGACGUGAAGCUGAAGGGCAUCCCUGUCUAUCCAAACAGGAGCCCCAACCACCACCUGGAGUCUGACUCCUGCUGCAAGGAGCUGCUGGAGAAGCCCUUCAGGAACAGCAUGGAGAAGCCCCCUCUGCCCAGCAGCCACAGGAGCUCAGAGGAGUAUUACUCCUUCCACGAGUCGGACGUGGACAUCAGCGAGCUGAACGGCUCCAUGUCCAGCAGGCAGAUCGACGUGCUCAUCUUCAAGAAGCUCACGGAGCUCUUCAGCGUCCACCAGAUCGACGAGCUGGCCAAGUGCACCUCGGACACCGUCUUCCUGGAGAAGACCAACAAGAUCUCGGACCUCAUCAACAGCAUCACCCAGGACUACAACCUGGACGAGCAGGACGCCGAGUGCAGGCUGGUGAGGGGCAUCAUCCGCAUCAGCACCCGCAAGAGCCGGGUCCGGCCCCACAUCUGCACCCCGAGCCACGAGGAGAGGAGCAGCAGGGGCAACGCCCCCGACAGCGGCAACGAGACCAUGCUGGAGUCCAUGGUCAUCAGCCAGGACGAGCUGGCCGUGCAGAUUUCGGAGGAGACGCCAGCAGAUGUGAUGGCCAGGAACAUGAGGAGGCACAGCAGUGCAGGCUCUCCAGCCAGCAGAGAUUCCUCUUUCCAGGACACAGAGACUGACUCGUCUGGGGCUCCUCUGCUCCAGGUGUACUGUUAAAGGACCUGAGCAGCAGGGAGGCAUUCCAGGGCUCUG